UAACACUAAUCUCUAAUAGAACCGCGUUCGCGUUUCCGCGCCGUGUCGUCGUUUCGCGAAAUCCGAGGACAGACCGCGACAAACGGGUUAUCGUCCAUGCUUCAUCUCGUUAAUCGAUUUCUGCUCCUCGUUCGCCAGUGAUCCAGCAAUCGACCACGAUUAACAUGGGCGCGCGGGUGUCCUGGCUGAUCCUGCUGCAGUUGUGUUCGGUGGUCGUCCGCGGAUACGAAAACGUGGGGUUCGAUGGCUGGUAUCAACCGGUUCCGCAUCAGCCGGUCGACAUCAUCACGGACGUUAUUAACGACCUAGGCGCGCGGAUUCUGCAGCAGUAUACGGCCCACGGGAACGUUGCAUUCUCGCCGACGGGGGUUGGCUUCGUCCUGGCGGCGCUUUACGAGGGUUCGGCUGGAAGGGGGAAACAGCAGAUCGCCGAUGUCCUCGGUUUGCCGCGGGAUCGAGACGUCACCAGGAUCGGCUUUCGCGAUAUACAUCGCAGAUUGAGGACGUAUUUAAAUGCGGACGGAUUCCUGGGAGGAUUGAUGCUGAAUCAGGAGAACACCAGACUCAGAACAGAGUACGAGGACAUCCUGAGGUUUUAUGGAUUCGAUCUGUCUGUCCCUGAAGAUGAAACUAAUGAUACUACUCCCCUACCGGAAACGACUUCAGAAACCGGUCAGCCUAUGACUGACACAAAGAUUUUCACUGAAACUACAACUCCAAGUUCUGAAACGAUGACAAUUACACCUUCGACUGAGGCGUUGAGCACGAUGGACGAGCAGGACAGAUUAACGCGAACAACCCCCGGUAGUACGAUUUUAAUGGAUGGCACUACUGUGCCUGAUUCGACUACGAUCUCUUCAGGGACCACUUCAGUGGCUACUACAAGCACACUCACCACGAUAGCGCCUGCUAUUGCUACGCAGUCCACCACGGCAGCAAUUACAACCGUGCAAUCUCGCAGCGAAGGAACUGCGAACGAUCUAUCAACAUCGACUGCUGCUACUAUCAUCCCGCCUUCAGUUACGUCAGAAUUAACGGCUGUUCCCGCUGGUCAGACGGAAUCCAUCGAACCCGUCCCAGAGUCAACGACCACAUCGGCAACCGCGUCAACAGCAGCCACAAUUACCGCGUCUUCCGUAGACACGUUGCCAACGACUCCGCUAGUUAACAUCACGGAGCCUACCUCUGGUUCGACGAUUCCGACCACUGCCGGAUCCACGGAUGGACCGCCUGCCGAUGAGAAUACCGUUUCAACGGGCUCGAACAAUCAGUCUGUCCCGAACGAGAUGGGAUCUAUCGAUUCGCCAGUGACAAUCGCCACAGGUGAAACCGGGUCAACCGAACAAACGACCACUGCUUCGACUGCGAUCAAUCGUAGGAAACGUAGCGUCCGAAGCCCCAGGGGAUUCUUCUCGAGUUAUCCCGACGAGGGGAUCUGGAUGCAGGAUCUAGGCAUUUGGAAGCCUUAUUCGCCGACUCUGAACGAAGCGACGGUCAGAGAUUCAACGGAGAUAUCGUUCCUAGUAAACGGCUGCGACGUUUCCUCCGUCACGGCUACCAGAUACUUCGCCGUCCUACCUUUUGCCUAUUUCCCAUCGCUGCACGCAGUCGCCCUUGAGUUUCCACUCGAUGAUCCUAGAUACAACAUUAUUCUUAUGAUGUCCACGGACAGGAGGGACACGUAUCGCCUGGCCAGGGACCUCGGCGGCAAAUCGUUGAGACUGUUGAGGAAGCAGCUACAGGCCACUUGGGUCAGGGCCACGAUCCCGUCCUUCAUGCUUCGCGGUUUCGUCACGUUGACGUCCUUCCUGCAAAGGUUGGGGAUCGUCGACGUGUUCGAGCCAAGGGCGGCGGAUCUUUCCCCGAUGAGCCCGGACCUCGGCGUGUACGCCAGGGACGUGCAGCAGAGCAUCGGAGUGAAUAUCAGGAAUUACAUGAAACCCGACAGGACCCACUCCCGUGAGUCGCCCUAUACAGAUCUUCCAUUGAUCGUUCCACUUCGCCGGAGCUAUUAUCGAUACUACUAUCCAGGUAAUGGAUUAUUCGAGAGGGCAGGACCGGUACCAUUCACGGUCGUCCAACCGUUCCUCUACUUCAUCGUCGACGCCGAGACUUCGGUCACUUUGAUCGCCGGCCGUGUCAACGAUCCGCUCAACUCGCGAAUUUUAUAAGAUUUAAUUAAAACCGACAUUACUUGGAA